CGCUCUCUCUCUCGCUCUCGCUCGCCCUGCUGUGACCAAUUGCUGAAAUAGCCCAGGCAGCAAUGUCAUUCCGCUAUAAAUUCAUUGUUCAGCCUCUUCUCAUCUUCACAUUACACCCUGCGCUCUCCGCGUUCACAUCUGGAGAUUUGGGGAGCGCCGGCGGCCUCGAGUGCGGGCGCCCGACUUAUUUAUGUCUUGUUAAAAUUGUGCGUGUGUGUUUGUGUGCGCGCUUUAAUGCUUGUUCACUUACGCUUGUUUUUCAUUCCCCUACUUCUGCGUGGAGGGCUUCCUACCUGCGAGCAGGAGAGUUUCCACAUGCUCAAGUUUGCGACGGCUCCGCCGCUCUUUCUACCGAUGUGCCGGUUUUUCGGGACCUCGCGACGACUGCUGCUGGAGCUCUCAGAGGGGAUUGAGCGCCAGCACACCAAUUAAAGCGCUGGCGCCGGUGGAGCCGCAAGCUGCUUUUAUUUAUUUAUUUUUUUUUAAUACACAUAUAAAUUUUUUCCUACUUCACCAUGGUGUCUCCGAGGCUGCUUUGGAGGUUCGUGCUUCUUUGCUCCGUGAGCGCGCACCUGGAAGAGUCGGAUUUAUCCCAGUCGAACUUUCCUGCCCGAACUGCCCUGCCACCUGUCGCGGGAGGCAGGCUGCAAAGCCAGCAUCGGACACACCGACCACCCCGCAGGAAAAAUGGCAUCGUGCAGAACAUCGACCAGAUCUACUCUGGGGAUGGCAAGGUGGGAUACCUGCUGUACGCCGACGGCAAGAAGUUCCUGUUGGAUAUGGAAAGGGAUGAGUCCGUCUUGUCCCACCACUUCAACAGCAAAUACGUGGACGCGAUCCAGGGAGACCCGGCGCAUAGGGAGUGCUACUAUCGGGGGACAGUGGACUCGCACCCGGAGUCGUUGGCCCUCUUCAACCUGUGCGGGGGGCUGGACGGCUUUUUUGCCCUUAGACACGCCCGCUACACCGUAAAGCCCCUCAUCAGGGCUAAGGGAGCGGAGAACGAGGUGUACGGCUCGGACCAGGACUCGCACCGGGGUCUGCACUACUACACGCGGGAGAGCUUUCGCUUCGAGGCUUCCGUCCCCGCUCUUGACACCUGCGGGACGCGUUCCCGGAAGGGAAGAUGGGGGUGGCACCAUCAGGAGCAGGUGCUGGCGAGGCAACGCUUGCGGAGAUCCCAGGAGGGAAGCGUCCACGGAGGACGAAAUCGGAGAUCGGUCUCCAGGGCGAGACACGUCGAGCUGCUCUUGGUGGCCGACGAGUCCAUGUCUAAGAAGUACGGGAAGGACCUGCAACACUAUCUGCUGACAUUGGCGUCCAUCGCGUCCAGACUGUACGGACACGCCAGCAUUGAAAACCCGAUCCGACUGGCGGUGGUCAAGGUAGUGGUGCUCAGUGACAAGGAAAAGGGCAUCGAGGUGAACAAAAACGCCGCCACCACUCUGAAGAGCUUCUGUAAGUGGCAGAACCAGCAGAAUCAACUGGACGACGACCACGAGGAACACUACGACGCGGCCAUUCUGUUCACCAGACAGGACCUGUGUGGGCACCACUCCUGUGACACCCUGGGAAUGGCAGACGUGGGGACCAUCUGCUCCCCGGAGCGAAGCUGUGCCGUAAUCGAGGACGACGGGCUGCACGCGGCCUUCACCGUGGCUCAUGAGAUCGGACACCUAUUGGGCUUAUCCCAUGACGACUCCAAGUACUGUGAGGAGAACUUUGGCUCCAUGGAGGACAAGCGGCUCAUGUCGUCCAUUCUAACCAGCAUCGACGCCUCCAAACCCUGGAGCAAGUGCACGUCCAGCACCAUCACGGACUUCUUUGACGAUGGCCAUGGGGAGUGCCUUCUCGAUCCUCCACGGCGCCAUCUGCUGGGCCCUGAGGAGCUUCCUGGCCAGAGCUACGAUGCCAUCCGACAGUGUAAGCUGGCUUUUGGACCCGAGUACACGGUGUGUCCCGGCAUGGACGUGUGUGCACGACUCUGGUGUGCCGUCAUUCGCCAAGGACAGAUGGUCUGCCUCACCAAGAAACUACCCGCUGUGGAGGGCACGCCGUGUGGUAAAGGGCGCAUCUGUCUCCAUGGCAAGUGCGUGGACAAGACCAGGAAGAAGUACUAUUCGGUCACCAAUCAUGGCAGCUGGAGCUCCUGGGGUCCCUGGGGUCAAUGCUCCCGCACGUGUGGCGGAGGGGUACAGUUUGCCCACCGGCUGUGUAAUAAUCCCCCACCUCGCAACAACGGGCGAUUCUGCACUGGCAAGCGGUCCAUCUACCGGUCCUGCAAUGUGGAGGCGUGCCCAGCGAGCAGCAAGAGCUUCCGCCAAGAGCAGUGCGAGGCCCGCAACGGCUUUCAGACGGACCCCAAGGGCGUCAAGACCUUUGUGGAGUGGGUGCCCAAGUAUGCCGGCGUGCUGCCAGGGGAUGUGUGCAAGCUGACGUGUCGCGCCAAGGGCACUGGCUACUAUGUUGUGUUUUCUCCAAGGGUGACAGAUGGCACCGAGUGUCGACCUUACAGCAACUCCGUCUGUGUGAGAGGCAAGUGCGUGCGCACGGGCUGUGAUGGCAUCAUUGGCUCCAAACUGAUGUUCGACAAAUGUGGCAUCUGUGGCGGAGACAACUCAGGAUGCAUCAAAGUGGUGGGCAACUUCACCAAGAAGAGCAAAGGCUACACUGACGUGGUGAAGAUCCCCGAGGGGGCGACACACAUCAAGGUGCGCCAAUACAAGGCCAAGGACCAGCAGCGCUACACCGCCUACCUGGCACUGCGCAAGCAGGGCGGCGAUUACCUGCUGAACGGCAAGUUCAUGAUCUCCACCUCGGAGACCAUCAUCGACCUCAACGGCACGGUGAUGAACUACAGCGGCUGGAGCCAGCGCGACGACUUCCUGCACACCAUGGGACCGGGCGCGCUGCGGGAAGGCCUCACUGUGCAGAUCCUGGCCACCGAUGCCCGUCACCCUCUGGAUGUACGUUACAGCUUCUUCGUGCCCCAGAAGCCGGCGGCACCCCCCGGGAAGGGACCGAAGGGCAACGAGGCCCUCCUGCCCGCCCCGCCGGGGUGGAUAACGGGACCCUGGCUGGCCUGCUCUCGGACCUGCGACACCGGCUGGCAGACGAGGACUGUCCAGUGUCAUGACAGCCAGAAUAAGCUGGCGAAAGGCUGCCAGGCGCAGCAGAGACCCUCCGCCUUCAGACAGUGCCUGAUUAAGCGAUGCUAAAACCUGUGGAUCGGAACUUUAUUUUUGUAUUGCGCUACGAGGAAUAUUAUUGUCCGUAUUUUUACUAUACAGACCAACUAUUUUUAAAGCAGCAGAGGGGCGGUGGUCCGUUCUGGUGCCCCCAAACUUGCUGGUGGAUUUUUGGAGCUACUGGAGGUGGGAUGGGGAGUCGUCUGGCGGACAUGUUUUUGCACAAGUGAACCUGACCCGAGGCUCCCAUCUGUGCCCAUCGGAGCCUUCUUUGCCCCUGAAUGGCAUCACUUGGAGUCCUUGGGGGGGAUUGGAGCACAUACAAUAUGUCGUCCAGUGGUGCGGACCCCCAGCGAUCCUCCUCCCUGACCAGGACUUGAACUGGAAACAGGACACGGGGGGGCUGUCGUCGGAUGUCUCUCUUACCCCUUGGACCAUACUGUGGGUGGGUCGGGAGGGCUGGGUUACGACAGCAGUCCCGAGCAUUAUGGGUAUUAUGACAAUGUGUGCCAUGGACUCCUGAGGAAAAGUCCAUCUGGAAAUAGAAUGGCUGGACCACCCCUCCCCUAACAUACACACACACACACACAUAAGGAGUGAACAUAAGCCACACACACUCACAGACCACCACCCCCUUCCCUGACAUGCCCACCCUCCCGCUCAUUUAUAUCAAUUCAAAUCACUUGAACCUUUCUCUCAGGACCAAUCGUGCCACUCAUAACCACGAUGCCAAUGCUUGCCCUCUCGCUUUUGGAAGGCUGAUGUCUUUUGCAGGUGAGGUGGGGGUGGCAGUGGCGGUGGGCUUCAUAACUCCACUUCAGAGAGGGUUGCGGGUCAAAGUUUAUGGACACGCCUGUCAGCCGAACGAGAUAAAAAGACGUCCAUGCUUUCAUCCCAGUAAUGCCUUUGACAGACAUGCUCCCCACCCCCCCGCCCCCGUUUUCCGUAUGCCCGCCUGACGUUUGGUUUUCACAUAAGCCCCCUGCUGGCAGGCCUGCAAAUCCCGUCAUGAUACACCGAGGCGUGAGAUGGGACACUUCAAAAGGGACGCUGAUGGAAAAUGCAGGCCAGCUGAACCCAUGGGACGUUUCUCAUUCGUUUGUCUGCUUCUCACGCCUGGCCUCGUCACCAACGGGUCACCUAAAAUGACACUAAGUUUAGAGCCAGCUGGAUGGGAAAGGGCAAAGGGCGUCAAACAUGUCCCUUAGAGCCCACCUCCCUCACAUGCCAGUCACUUGAGUAGGAGCUGUAUCGAGGUGGUGACCCAAUAACCGAACACAAGGAUGGGCACUUCGACAGAGCGCCCCCUGGCAUCCACUUUCUUUAGUGCAGAAGCGACAACGUGAGACGCAGAGGGCAUGAAGAAGCCCAACAUGCACUGACACAGGCAGCCUGUUGUGGUUCAGGAUUUUAAGAUGGCAGGAGGGUCUCAUAAUUCUUGUAAUUCUACAACCCCCCAUACUUCAUAAUGGGACCACCCAUUUCUCAGUGAUUGUGUAAAGAUUGCGGUGACACAGAAGAGCUUGCACCUCAGUUCUCAACCACACAGAGGGCGCUGUGGAGUAUGUGUGGUCACUGCCAGCAGGCAGCCGAGGUGAACCACAAGGCACUGAGCCUUAAAGAGUGCCAGGGGUGUGGGUGUGGCGCAUGGGGUGUGGGCAGCAGGGCGUCGAGCUGAGCCACCGGUUCUGCCCUAUCAAGCCAUCAUCAUUGCGCUGUGUUGGAGCAGAGAGGGUAGUGAGACCCCUAGAGAGCUGGCGUGUUCAUCCAAGGACACUGCUGCUAGCUUGGCCUCUGUGUGGCGCCCCCUCCUGGG